AUGAGCAAUCGGUAUGGAUAUGACUGUUCAAAAGAAUGUAGUCCGGGCUGCAUAAGAAAUACUUGCUCUUCUGCUGAUGGGAAGUGUGAUUGCAAAGAAUUUUACACAGGAGAUAAAUGUGAAGUUUGUGAAAAUUGGCGUUACGGUGACGGCUGUGUAAAUAUAUCUGAAAAUAAUGAACCGACAACGACAGAUAAACCAAAUGUUGUUGCGGCUGUUGUUGGGGCAGUUGGUGCUGUUAUUUUAGUGGUAGCGGUUGUCAUUGUUGUCAUCAUUCUCAAACGAAGAAAUGAGUUAUGCUGGAAAAAGCCGCGAGAUGAAGAGCAACACAGCGAAGAAAUACCUCAGCCAGUUGUGUACGCUACAGUGCAGAAAAAUAGACAUACACCGGUAACGCCUCAGCAAAGGGAGUCCAGCUAUGGCAAUCGGGAACAACAAUCUCACACUUUAUUUGCGAAAUACAAUGCGGAAACGGGUAACACAUUAUAUGAAGACAUUGCAUCAGGUACUGGGGAUUUAAAUACUGUUCAAGAAAACUCCAAACCAGAAACAAGACGCAGUGUAAUAGUAGAAACACAACAUGUUGAACUGGUAAUGGAAGCGGAAACUUUGGAAGAUGAUGGCCUUGAAAUUGAUGAUGAUGAUCAAAUAGCGCGAGAAAAAGCAACCAAGUUUGAAGAGAAAGGCGGUAUAUAUUACAACAACGCUGAAAAAAUCAAUAACCGAAAAGUUGCUGUUGACAACUUAUCGAACCACAUGAUGGAGAAAACUGACAUUGAAACUGAAGAAGAAUUCGAGAAAUUUCCUUACGGGUUGACAAAAUCUUACGCCGAAUCCCAGAAGCAAGGAAAUAUUCAGAGGAACAGAUAUAAAGGAAUAUAUCCAUACGACGACACAAGGGUCAAGCUCCGCGACUGUGAGACGGAUUACAUAAAUGCCAGUUUCAUAGAUGGUUAUAAAAAACGACAUGCGUACAUUGCAGCACUAGGUCCCAUGUCAAAGCAGCUCGAGGAUUUCAGUCCAUUUUGGCAGAUGAUCUGGCAAGAGAAAGUGGAGAAAAUUGUCAUGUUGACCAAUCUUGUUGAGGAUGGAAAAGACAAGUGCGAGCAAUAUUGGCCAGACCUUGGGACAAGUAAAGUCUACGGCAAGGUCCAUGUUUCAUCCCAGAGCGAGGAUGAAUAUGCCGAGUUUACCAGGAGAGAAUACACAAUUUCAAAGGGAAGUGAAACCAGACAGCUGCAUCAUCUUCAAUUUACCUGCUGGCCAGACAAAGGUGUGCCGGAUGAUGUCAUAGGAAUCAUUGAUUUCAGACAGACAGUGCUGAGCCUACCUGUCCAAUUUGAUGGUCCUGUUCUUGUUCACUGUAGUGCUGGUGUUGGAAGAACAGGAACAUACAUUGCUCUAGAUAUUUUGACAAAGGAGGGAGAGGAUGAGGGGUCAAUACACAUCCCUGGCUGUGUGAUUAACAUGAGGCACGAUAGAGCCAACAUGAUACAAACUAUGAACCAGUACGAGUUCUUACAUAGAGCACUCGUCAGCUCGCUGAGUGAUAUCAGCAAACCCAUUAGAGGUACUCAUUUUCGCCAGUACAUCAAUCAGACGGGGAGAGAAGGAUUCAAUCGACAGUUUCAGGAGAUGCAAACAGUUUUAGAAAAGCCGCUAGGUUAUGAAAUGCAGGUCAUGGAGAGGAAAAACAGAAUAAAAGGCAGGAACAGACCAUUGACAGACAUACCAGGUGGUUUGUUCUUUCGCGAUCACAACAGACAUUGCCGGUCCCUUAAUAGCCCACCUGGAGCUCCUGAAUGUAUGAAUGCAGUUUACAUCGACAGCUUGAAACCAAGGACAAGCUUUUUGGUUGUUCAAAGUCCCAUGAAAGAGAAUGUGAUCGACUUUCUGACACUGCUGUCCCAGGAAAAUUGUACUUGUGUCGUAAGCUUUGAACCUUACACAGACAAACAAAAGAAACAAAAUGUUGGAUUGUAUUUUCCUGCUGGAGACCACAAUUUGAAACAGGGCAUGUUUCAAGUCAGGUGUGCAAAACAAGAAAACCACGGCUAUUGCACAAAAAGACUCCUAACGAUCAAACACAAUGAACACAAUGAGCAAAGUUCUGAAAGGGAAGUCACUCACUUUGAAUUCAAUGCAUGGGAUUAUACCAGUGACGUCCCGAAGUCGAGUAAGGAUUUCCUUGAUUUUAUCAAAAGCGUUGAUGCUUACUUAAGAGAAACGUCUAACCGAAGCCCGCUUCUUGUUCACUGUUUGGACGGGACUGGAAAAAGCGCCUUGUUCUGUGUUGUUUCAAUUUUGGUUGAAAAGAUGAAAAUAGAUCAAGAAGUCAGCAUUGUUAACACCAUAAGGAAAAUCAGGUCCAGGCGUACAUCAGCAAUCCAAAACAUGGCACAGUUUGAAUUCUGCCACGAAUGCGUGUUGUCCUACAUAAAGUCAUUUGAUUACAGUCAAUAUUCAAAUUUCACUGGUAGUGUUACUAGUGCACCUACCGCUUAGACGGAUUGUUGGCCAUGCAAGAUCAACAACAGCUAAACAGAGAAUGUAUUCUUAUGAAUACCAAAAUAUGAUAUUUUCACGAUAUGUUCAAUGUUUCGGAAAUUUAGAAAAGGCUGAUCCUUUCAGUGUUCUUAAGAAUAAGAUUCAUUUAUACAACAAGUUUGCCAUUACUUGUACAAAACUGUU